AUGGUAUUUGUCUUAUACAGCAGAAAGCCCGUUUGGUAUUUGCUCUUAUCAGCUGCGGGGUACAAUAGGGACCUCCAUCCUUGUGACAAAUUCAUUAUGCUCGGCACAGACCUCAGCUGUGGAUCGGGAAAAGUCCUCAAAAAAAUGACUAUCGCAACCUUGCUCAUAAUUUUAGCGCUCCUAAGGAGGCCAAUUGCCUCAUUUACAAGGAUCAUUGCCUACUCACCUUGCCCAGAAAGCAGAAAACAUCAAGCUGAUCACUCAAAGCUGCAGACUAAUGUCCAACUAUCACACCUCAACCAGACUGUCGGGUCUGUUGGCAAAUUCUCUUUCGUUGCUGGUAUCGGCCGAUGUGCCCCUCCUCUACGCCCCGAACCCAAGUUUGGGGCGGCGCUCCGACGGAAGGCAGCUGGUCUCUUUCCAGUCUGA